AUGGAUACCAUUGAGAACUUAACUGAUGAAGAAUUUAAUCCAUCUGGUACAGAAUCUGACUCAAAUAACACUAAUAAUGAAGAAAUCUUUGAACUUGCAAACACUGUUACUUUGUUAUCUCAAACGAUUAGACAUGAUGCUAGUAAAAAACUGUCACCUGUUUGGAAUUUCAUGCAUGAAAAAGUAAAUUCAGAUGGAACUACUGUUGUUGGAUGUGAUUAUUGUCCUCUAGAAUAUAGUGUUAAAACAUCAACAAAUGUUCUAGCAGAUCACCUUAAUAAGCAACAUAAUUGUAACAUUAUUUUAAACCAAAAACAUAAGUCAUUAUCUAAAAAGCUAUAUGGUAAUAAUAAUACUCAAUGUAUAGAGGAAUGCACUAUAUCUAUUUUAAAUUUCAUUAUUGUUCAAUAUAUGCCACAAAUUUCUGCAGCAACAAGUACAAAUAUUGUCAUCUCUGCUUCUAAAAAUAAAAAAAGAGAUCUUUUUAAAUUUUUACUAGAACAGCAAAUAGAUAAACCACCACUAGAAAAAUUAGAUCUGUACUUAUCCUCGCCUACAUCUUCUGAAGAUCCUCUUAAUUGGUAG